AUGGUCGGCAAUCGAAUAGCACCCAAAACUUAUCCUACAAGCCCCAACGACACCCACACCAUCAAGUUCUGGUGGAGUGAGGGUUGCAGUGUCAAACAAGAAUCUACCGGUCCGCGAAUGAGCACGGCGCGCGCGAGCGCGCGAGAGCCUUGGGUUUUGAAACCUGAGCAACCUUUCCGCCAGCCUGCUCCUGGCUCGGACCAGAAGCAUCGGCCCCCGCGCGAUCUCAUGCGCCCAGCCUAA